AUGGUAACUAUCAGACAGAAAACAAAAGAAACAGAACAGAUCAGCUCAGAGGAAAGGGAUAGUGGGGAUAUAGUACACCCAUUAGAAGAAUUUGAAAAUAAUACACAAUUUGAAGAGGGUUACAGAACAACAGGACAGGAUGUUAAUUACGACAGCCAAGAGAAUGAAAUGACCCUAGAAAUCCCUGAUAAAGACCAAUGGGCUGAGAUGUUGGGAAUCCCACCGAUGAAUGAACCAACUAGCUCCACAACGGGCAAAAUUAGAAAUAAAGUUCACAUUCAUUCUAAGACACCAUAUCAGAGACCCAGUACUUCUUCAAAUGCUAAUUAUAUGUUUUGA